UUACCUGUAUAGUAAAAGAAUGAGAUACAAAAAAUCUUAUCAGUUAUAAAAAUCAUUCAAAUGGCUGACUGAUUUUUAGGUUAUAAAAUUAUACUACUUCAAAUGCAUGAGUUAUACUGUGUGAAAUGAGAUAGAAAGACGAAUCAUGAGUAGCUUUAGAUUUAAGAGUUGGUUGUGCCUAUUUUACUAUGCCCACAUUUGCUUUUAGGGACUGAAGAAAACAAUCAAUAUACUCGGUAAUCUAGCUGGGGUUCGGAUUGGGUACUUUUCAAAUGUAAGUGUACACACAGUGUAAGCACUACAAACAGCUCAGUGGGAUUAUUUUGUGUGAUAAUGUGUGCCUGAGUGGAGAGGAAAAAAAAAUGUUCAAAAUAAAUAAGAGCAAGUGGAGUAUUUCUCAUGACCACUAAAUGAGAAUAUGUAUGAAUUAUCACUUAAAACUAUUAAACAUUGCCUGUUACAUGCUAGUGCCUUAAGUGUGAUAAAUAUAUGAUGUGUUUUCAAAUUGACAGUCAAAUUUGUCUCUUGAUUAUUUUCACUAUUCCAUCCUAUUUAGACUCCACUGGCAAACAGCUGCUGUGACUUCUCAGGUACUAUGAUUGCUCAACAUGCACAGUUUUUUAAUACAGUCAACAGACCCCGUAACAGUGAAGGAAACAACAAAGACAGCUUCUUAUUUAGGAGUUAUUCUUGCUGGUGUUGGAGUGACUGCAGUGAUAUUCUAUCAAGUUUUUCAAGAGCUGUUUUCCAACAAAAGUUCAAACAGUGUGUAUACAACAUCUCUUAAAAAGUGUUGUAAAGACCCAAGAGUAAUAGAUUCACUUGGUGAACCUAUAAAAGGUUUUGGAGAAGAAACACGGAGAGGUAGAAGGCGGCAUGUUAGCCAUCUGUUUUAUGAACGUGAUGGUAUCAACUUCCUAAGAAUGAAAUAUUAUAUUCAAGGGAGCCGAAAGAGGGGCACAGUGCACUUGGAAAUGCGUGAGAAUGAUAAGGGAGAUUUUGACUACAGAUACCUCUUUGUCCAACUGGAAGAUUAUCCUAGAAAUGUUAUCAUAAUUGAAGAUAAUAGAUAUGACAAGCAAAUGAAUUUUGAUAAGCCAUUUGACAUAGUAUAGACUGAUUUUUCUACAACUGCUGCCAAUAUUGUAAGUCAUGGUUUUAUAGAGGUACUGCAUUUAUUUGACUAUAGGACAGCCUCCCUUAACAGUGGAAAGUUUUAAUGAAAAAUUAAUUUAUUACUUUCCAGAUAAAAAACAAGAUAUUCUGUGACACAAACAUAUCUGGUUAUUCAUAAUGGCCAGUUUUGGUUUAUGCGAUGCUUUUCUGGUAAAACUUGCACCUAGUAAUUGUGAUUCUUCCUUCUUCCAUUGCUGAACAUUUGUCUCAAAACUGUUAUCUUCUGUAUGUCACAUAAUUAUUAUUAUGCUUAGAUAUAAUCAUCUAACAUAAGCAUAACUGCUUCUUCAUAAUGGCCAGUUUAGGUAACAUACCUCAAUCACUGAUUUGCAGUUGGCAUCAAAUGUACUUCUUGAAGAGUCUCUUUUCCUUCCAUGAUUGUGUCAUGCAGUUUAUUAAUUUUUACCUAAUAGAUGCAGUCACUGUAAAUACUUAGAGAGAGAACUCCUUAAAACAAAUAACAUAAAUGAUCUAUAAAUGUUCAGUAAUGGCACUGAUGCCAUAUAUUAUACCUACCUUAAGUCACCUCUUAACUACCAACACAAAGGAUCAGUGUGUAGCCAAACAAUAAGUAAAAUUUGGCAACCAUUGUAUACCUUGAAAAUAGCAUAAAGUAUUGACAUAAAAAUAUUUUCCAAGUUAUGCUUGAACCAUUUGUUCCCGUUGCCUGAGGAAGAGUAAAGACAUGUACAAUUUCAUGCCCACUGGAUGUUACAUUAUGGAAAGUAGAGCCACAGGUCCAGAAUUAUGGAACUGGACAAAUUGGAAGUGAGUAUACUGUUAAUAACAACAAAAAUGCAGCAACUGUUACCCUUGAAAUAUGUUAAUAUCAUUAUUAUACUUAUAAACAUGUACAUUUCAAGAUAUUGUAUAUCACAGUUUCUGUAGGUCAGUUUUUUCCAGAAAUCAUUGCAACAUAUCUAUUUUGUAUGCAUUUUUAUUCGUUCACAAGUACAAGACGCACUUACUUUUAAAUGAAAAUUAAAGCAAGAAAGCCCUCGUCUUAUAGUCUGAUAAGUACGUAUGAUGUAUAAGAAGCAUUGUGUUGUGAACUAUAAAGAAGUAGUUGGAGAAUUUACUUUAUGAUUUCAUCUUACAAAGCAUACUGAUCACAACAUAAUGAUUCAGAAGUAAUUUAUUUGCACAACAUAUUAAUAAAUUAAGACUGACUUACAAAAGUGCCAUGUACAAUCAUAGUUUUAUAUGAAAUAUGUGUUUUAAUAGACAUAAUGACAAUAUUUUUAGAUCAUGUGUGCAAAAUACUGAUUUAGUGGGUAGUUAUAUCAUUAUAAACUUAACAGAAUGUUUGUUAAUUCCAAUGUGACCUGGAGGAGAAAUAUGUGCUCUUCUCUGUAUUUCAUCAUACCAUAUUUUGAUCAAUUUUGUAUAAAUGUCUGUACUAAAAACUGAAGCAAAUUUCAGUUUGCUAA